AAACUACUCUGUCCCACGUUGUCUUGCAGAGCUCUCUCUCCCGUUCGAAAAGACGAAAAUCUCUCUUUCUCUCUCUCUCUCUACCCCCACCGGCAAACCACCUUUCCUCUCUCCGGCGGCCUUUAUCCGAUCUACUAGGGAUGAGUACCGGCGAGCUUCUCAACAUCGAGCCUCAAGAGCUCCAAUUCCCUUUUGAGUUGAGGAAGCAGAUCUCGUGCUCUCUGCAGUUGUCUAAUAAGACCGAUAACCAUGUGGCUUUCAAGGUGAAGACGACAAAUCCAAAGAAGUACUGUGUGAGACCCAAUACUGGAAUUGUGUUACCGAGGUCUACCUGCGAUGUUACAGUUACAAUGCAAGCUCAAAAGGAGGCCCCGCCCGAUAUGCAAUGCAAGGACAAGUUUCUGCUCCAAAGCGUGGUUGCAAGCCCCGGAGCAACUGUGAAGGAGAUAACCCCAGAAAUGUUCAACAAGGAGUCAGGGCAUAAUGUCGAGGAGAGCAAAUUGAGGGUUGUUUAUGUUGCUCCACCUCGACCUCCAUCUCCGGUUCGAGAAGGGUCAGAAGAAGGUUCUUCACCAAGGGCUUCAGUAUCUGAUAAUGGGAAUCCCAAUGCUUCUGAAUUUACACUUGCUUCGAGAGCAUUUGUGGAGCGACAUGAGCCUCAAGAAACCUCGUCUGAGGCAAGAGCUCUUCUAUCAAAGCUGACCGAGGAGAAAAAUUCUGCCGUUCAGCAAAAUAACAAGCUUCAGCAAGAACUGGAGCUCUUGAGGCGUGAAGCCACCAAAAGGCAUGGUGGUAUCCCGCUUUUAUAUGUGCUUCUCGUUGGCUUGGUCGGCAUCGUGUUGGGGUACCUUAUGAAGAAGACAUGAACAAUUGAGUUUAUCCUUUGUUCCUGCAGGUCCCACCCAUUUCAGUGGGAAACAAAAUGUAGAAAGCCAUUAGAAAACAGAUGCGUGACUGAUAGAUCUUGCCUUGUUGUAUUAACGACCUGUAUUGACAUUAGGGACAAUUUCAGACGUGUGGAAGGUAACUUUUUGUUCAUUGUAUUAGCAGAUAUUGACAGUGGAGAACAUGAUUUAUGGGUUUUAUUGGUUUUGUAAUUGAUCCGAAAGAACUCCAAAAUUAUUUUGUGUGA